UUACGUUGCCAAUUCUUUGACCUGUUCUCUCCAACUUUUUCCAGUUCGAAACCAUGGCUCUCUGGAACAUCGAUCCUUUCUUUGAUAUGGGCAUGGGCUGGCCUAGAGAUCCUUGGGCCGUUUAUCGCCAGGACCCGCUGAAUCGUUGGAUGGAAUCGUCUCUUCCUUCGGUUUUGUCAGCAAUUGACUUCGCUCCCACCGGCACCCGGCGUCGUUCACCAAUCAGGGAAGUCGUCAGCGACGAGAACAAGUAUCAGGUGACUCUUCACCUGGGAGAUUUCAAGUCCGACGAGAUCAACGUCAAGCUGGUUGAUCGCAAUCUCGUGAUUCACGCCGAACACAAAGAAAAGCCCGACGAGCAUGGCCACAUCUCGCGCAACAUCAAACGCAGUUACAUUCUCCCUCGUAACACGGAUUUUGAUAAUCUGAGUGCCACUUUCUCGGACGACGGAAGUCUGGUGGUUUGCGCUCAGAAAAAGGCGAUGGAACCGGAGAAGGAGCGUGAAAUUGAAGUGAAGCAGCUUCCGCCUACAUCCCAGCAGUCCGUGAAAUCCGGGCAGGAGACGGAGAAGGGAAAUGUCAACAUUCCCGUGAGUCGUGAGGCCGGCAAAAACUAAAGCAGAUUGGAAAAUGGAUUCCCUUCUUGAAAGUUUUUUGAAUCGUCGAAGCGUGUUGUGAUUUGUUUGGAAUCGUUAAGAUUUUAAUCAAGAAAUAUGUGCUUGUUAUUGUGUUGAAAGUUUUUGGAGUCUCGUCGUAGGGCUUGCAUCUGCUUCUGAGAAAUGAGAAUAAAGAAUGUCAUUUUUGAAAC